UUUUCUCCAGACUUUGAAAAUCUGUUCUCAAACAUGGCCAAAGUAUUGCCAUCAAACUUUGCACCUCACACUGCCACAGCUUUCCCAUAUAAUUUUCAGACUUCAAAUAAAGUACAAUGAGAAAUUGAGUGAAGCGUUCUAUUGUUAAUUAAAUCGUGAUGUUCCUAAUCGUUGACUACCUUUUAAUCCACUUCUUGAAUCUGUGCAUCUAUGGUCUAAACCUCGACUGGCCAUUAUUUAUUAAGUUGUCUUAUUCCUCCCCAGAGAAUGCUAGCAAAAUAUUGAUGCUGUGAACUAUUGAUUAAACUAUUUCUCUACCAAAAAAUCUUUAAUGUCUCAAAAUUGAUGUGAAUUUCGUAACUUUGACUAACAAAUGGUCCUAUGGUAAAGUAUAAACCCUAGAUUGUUGCUGUUGAAAAUAACAUUUUGUUUACUUUAAUUUGAAAGCAAAAUUACCUUUUUAUAACCUGAAAGUGUAAAAGUUUGCUAUACUACCUAGAAGUCCAUAACUAUUACUAGGUUAAAAAAAACUUAAAACUAAUUGAACUUUUGCACUUAGUGUGUAAACAAAGGUCUUGAAUAUACACUAGUUAGGACAACUUGAAUUUACUUAAAUCUGGUAUGUCGUCUACUUGAAAGUAAAGUCCUUGGCAUGUGCUCGAACCUUAAUAAUGUGCUCCGGAGAGUGCGAGACAUGUACUGUACUUAGUCAUUUGCUAUACUAAAGUUUAUUUUGGUUGAUUUUGUAUACUGUGUAAGGUCUAUAGACAUACUAGUUUGUCCUUGACAAGCUAGUCCAGAAACUUCAAUAGAUGACUUUUACCUAGUUUUUUAUCUUUGUCCUAGAAUGUUCUGCUUAACGUUGGUCGUGACCAUGACCAUGGCUCAGAAGUCGAGAGAUGUGGAUACUCUAAUAAACACUUGUAUAGAUUCUAAACAUCACUAAAGUGCACCAGGACCAGAAGGCAGUCUGUUUACUACGUGUCAUCAGUGGAAGAAUAGGUCCUGCUGUACAGAGAAUACUACUAGACUUAUUCACGAGUCUAGUCCUUAUAACUUCAAUUAUGACCACUGUUCUCGAGUAGAGUCCAUGUCCUCGGAAUGUAAACGGCAUUUCAUGCUCGAUCACUGCUUUUACGAAUGUUCACCCAAUGUUGGCCCAUGGGUCGUGUCGGAAAAUCGCUCGUGGCGGCGGGAAAGAUACUGGGGAGUCCCUCUGUGUGCCAUUGAUUGUGAGCUUUGGUUUACUGCGUGUGCCAACGAUGUCACUUGCACAGACAAUUGGACCAACAAUUUCAGGUGGUUGAAUAUGACGGGUGAUUGCCCAACAAAAGGAAGCUGCUUGACAAAUUACUGCCCCGUAAAUUCUACCUGUCAAACAUUUAAAGAAAUCUAUAGGACAGCCCGGAACUUCUGUGAAAAGGUGUGGGACAAUGCUUGGAAAUAUGCUGAACCGACAACACCAUGUAUGCACCUACAGUUCAACCAAUCUGCCAUCAAUCCAAAUGAUGCUGUUGCUCUACAUUAUGCACAGAUUAUAGCUGGUUCCCAGAUGCACAGCUGCAACCUAAUGUGGUUUAGUAUACAACUUGCUGUUUGGGCAUUUAUCAAUAGAAUAUUGACAGUUGCAUCCUAGACUUGGCUUGUUGCCAUAGUUCAUUAAUUAACUCUUUACUUUUGACUAUAAACUUGCCCUUGCUGAGGGGAAACGAUUCUAUUAAAAUGUUUACAAAGAAAAAAAAAAUUGAGUGUAAUAUCCUGAUCACAUGAGUAAUAGUGUGCUGUAUUCUGGUUCUGCCCUUGUGCCUUGUCUACCUCUAUUAAAUUCUGAAAUGUGCCAGAAAUAAAAUGCUUCUUUAUUUCUAUCAGACAUCACCCAGUGAAAUUUUGGUAGAUUCUCAACCACAUUGGAGUUGUCAAACUUGCAGCCAAGGCCAUUUUACUUGUUCUGUUUCACACGUCCCCUCUCCCCCUUAAAAAAAAAGUUAGUUUGGAAAUCUGCCCAGUCAUGUUCUGUGAAUGUUGGCAAGGUCGUGGGCUUUGUUAAAACUAACAAACUGCACACCAUCUCUUUUUCUUGUAUAGUCUUUAAUAUUCUUUAAUAUAGACUUCUUUAUUCUUUAGUAUUUUAGUAUUCUUCUUUUAUUCUUCUAUUCUUUAGUAUAGUCUUUAAUAUUUAGAUUAUUCAAGAUAAUGGACAGAUGGUGCUAGUCUUCCCAGCUUGGUGCUACCUUUUGAUGACUGCCACAGAUUGGAGAGAUUCUUUCUCUGGACUAAAAAUCUCUCGCUUCCUCAUUACAUGUCCCAUGCAUUGUCCUGUCCCUGCCACCAUCUCUCCCUCCUUACCAAACUAGGAAGACCCUCUAGGCAAUUUUUUUUUCUUAAAUUCUGCCAUCUACAUCUUGGUAACUUUGUGGCCACAGCUGCUGUACACCCUUCUCCUUGCUGCCCAAUAUUUAACAAUUGUAGAGUGGAUACAGAAUUUAAAGUGUGUACAUCAAUCAUCCACCCAGAAUUGGCCAAUUCUCCUUGCAUAUAGGCCAGAAGACUACUCUUCUGGCAUGUCCUUGUAAAUUCCUCCUCCAUAUUCUCCUUGGACCAAAUGUAUCCACAAAGUGCACAAUUUUUUGUUGUUAAAUUCUGGUAGACUGACUUGCAUUCACUUGCCAUACUAAAAGGUGAUCUUUCUGCACUUUAAUAUACCUGGGUUGGUGGGGAAAGGGUGACCUUUACCUCUAAAACUUCAAGAAUUGCCUUAUCAGGAAAAAAAUGGGGCAAGUUUCAUUUUUAGACCUUACUGGAAACUUGCUACUACCUUUGUCUCUCUUGCUUUCAUGUUAAAUUUGUCCUUUUACUGCUAUAAACUUGCCCUGCUCAAUGCCAUUCUUCGCUCCAUCUCGUACUAUCCCACAUGUGGCAGAGAAUGCUUUUCUUUAGGUUCUGACUGUGCUUACUCCUAGUGCAUAGCCUGGAAGUCCCAGCACACGUGUAGAUUUUGACUGAAUUAAUUCGACAAUUUUUGCUCAAGUCUGAAAUCUUGUAUUUUGUCAGGUGAACACUGAAGGUGAUCUAUCCUUGGAUACCUGGAUAAUAAUUAUUACAAAUGGAUAAAAAUCUCCAAAGAUGGUUACACACUUGCAACCGAAUUCAAUAUCUGCUUUCUGUAAAUUGGUGUCGACCUUGCCAGAAAAUUACUAAAGACCCAGACAGAUGUCACCAAGUCGCAUCAGCAGCUAUCCUAUCACUACUCAUCUUGCCAGUCAGCCCGACAGACAUUCGUAAUUCAAUCAUUUCAAUCACAAUCAUUCACAAUCAAUCGCAAUCACUAAUUCAAACCACAGCUGGGAACAUAUUAGUGAAAUAGUCUUUGGUAUGAGUGUUGGGGGGGGGGGGGCCCCUCCCCCUGCUCUACCCAUAGCGCUGCUAUUCAACAAAUCUGUCUUAUUUUUACUGAUAUCCUCAAAGCAAGAGUGAGGCCAUUUCAAAAGGGGCAAGACAGCUGACCUAAAUUACAGACCAAUAUCAAAUCUACUGAUGCUUUCAAAAAUUUUCAUUUGAUGGUGCUACAUAACCUUCCUGGUUUGGUGCCUUCUUUUUGAUACUUAUUUUCAAAAAUAUUUGAAAAAUCGCUUACUGACUGCUCUAUUUCUACUUUGAAAAACUUGACAUUAUUAAAUCCCUACCAGUUUGGUACUCUUUUGGGAAUGGAUGCCAAUGCCAUUAUUAGGCUGCUCAAUAUAAUCCAUAAAGCCCUUGUCAGAAUAAAGUUCCCAAUUGGCCUCUUUAUUGACCUGUGAAAAGCCUUUGAUAUUGUAAAUCAUAACUACCUCUUAAACUUUACCAUGGUAUCAGAGGCCUAGCUCUGGAUUAUUAGUUCCUUUCUUGGUGAUGCACCAUUAUGUAGCCAUCAAUAACUUGACCCCCCCCCCCUAUCUACCAUUGACAGUAGGAAUGCCACAGGGCAGCAUCUUGGGGCCCUUUAUUUCUUAUAUCAAUGAUUUGCUAAAUGUUUGUAACAUUCUUAAACCUAUACUAUUUGCUGACAAUACUACCUUUCCUCUAUUCUGACCCAAACUUGCCAAAUAUUGUCGAUAAUGAAUUAAUCCACUCGUGGAUGUCUACCAACAAACUCGCUGAACAUAGAUAAGGCCUAAUGUACUAUAUUUUAUUUGGUAGUAAAUUGCCAAAUGAAAUUCAACUUCAGGUAGACAAUGUUAACAUUGUCAAAAAAAAUAAGGGGGAAAAGUUAUACAUAGCCUAUACAUAGACACGACUCAACUUCAGCACCCACAUAACGCAGCCAAAAGUCUUAAAUGGUUGGUAUAUUUUCCAACAUAGAUUGUUCCCUCAUUCUGCUCUUCGCAUUGCACUGGGGUAAUUUAUACCUCUUGCAUACGGUAUCUGUGCAUGGGAUUCGACCACUGCAAAUUAUCUAGAGCCCAUCAUCACUCUACAAAAAUCUAUCGGAACUAUAACUCUCUUCAGACAACACGCUUCACUAUUGUUUAAGUCCCAUAAGGGGGCCAGGAAAUGAAAUUUUGCACCUUGCUCAAACGCUUUCAAAUUAUUUGUACAUAAUCUACUAGGCACAUGCUCCAACUUUAUCUAAAUAAUCGCCAACGUAACGUGGAAAAACAAAAAAUGAAAAAUAUUUGUAGAAGUAUUAAAAAUUUAAGAUUUUUAAAUGAGCAUCAAAUAUUAAAUAUCACAAAUUGUUCAUUUGGUGUUAUUAGGCUCUCAGAAGAGCAUAUAAUCUUCAUUCUUAUUAGUUAUUAUUAUAGGAUUCAGUAUAGUUUACUGUAAAAAAAGUCAAAUAUGGCAUUUGAUAUAUGCGCCAAAUUGUAUACCAAAAAAUUUAUAACUCGACAUUUAAGGUUUAUGAAAAAACAAUGAAAUAGGAUUGUAGAACAGACGACUGUGCCCAUUUUAUGUAAAAAUGGUGAGAAUCGGUCAAACUGGAUUUUUGAUGCCGACUCAAAGUGGAAACUCUAGUUGUAAAGAUAAUUGAAUUUGAAGUUAAUGACAAUGAAUAAGGUAGUUCUAAUUCAUUAAUUUACUUGUAUGUUUUAAUAAACAUGGUUUUUUAUUCGUACUUGAAUAUGUGAGUUUUAGAUCAAUGUGUUGAAAUGAAGUAAAGAAAAAAUGAAGAAAAACAGAUAUAGGGAUAAUUAUAAUGAUUUAGGGGAUGUAUGUAUACUUUAUAUAAGUGAUAAAGCCCUAAUCUGGUCCCUAAUUAUCAAAAAAAACCUAAAGAGACAAAGAAAAUGGUUUGAAAUCUGAAAUAUCACCUCUCCCCCCCCCCCAAAAAAAAUAGUCCAAGUACCAAGUUUUGCCAGUUGUGGCUGAUGUAUUUGUUGACCAAUUAAAUUCUAGUAUCUUGACAUAGUUAAGGACGGGUAUGCACUCUACAGGAUGUAAAAAUUGCAACAAAAUCAGAUAAUACACAAAGGAAGACAAAAAAAAAUUAAAAAAAAAAUACAUUUGUGGACACUGGUGAAAAUAACAGAUAUUAACAUUGGGCAUUGUAUUUUUAUGAUAUAUAUAACAAAACAGAGCAUAAUAACAUACUUAUUAUUAUUUGUUUUAUUAUGUAUUACUCAGCAAUGCUAUAAAGGCACCAACUGCAUAUCCACUUUGUGAACACUUCUUACUACUAUCUUCUUCUUUGAGUGUCGGACAGGUGCAUCUCUUUAUUACUGCAUUAUCCAUCAGUUCCAAUUAAUAGGAGCUGUUCUUUUUUAAAAA